CUAGGGUUUAGAUCUCAUUUUCAAUCCGCCAUGAAAAGGCAGAAGCUUCUCGCUUCUUCAUCAUCUGAUCCUCUCACCAUUUCAAAAUGCAACACACCUUCUUCUUCUUCUUACUCCCCCUCCGAUUCACUCCCACCCGAUGUCUUCAUGGAAAUCAUCUCAAAACUACCAGCAAAAACAAUCAGAAACUGCCGCCGCGUGUCGAAAUCGUGGGCGGCGGCUCUCCGCCGCUCCGAAUUCGACGAACUUUUCUUGAACAACUCACGAAUUCAGCCACUGAUCCUUUUCGCCUUCGUAAUCGACGGCGGGUUACCUUUCUUCACCGUACCUCAAGUUCACGAGGUGGAUACGUUUCUUGACGCCACUCGUCACAAUACUUACUUACCAAUUGAUCGUUUCUCUCAGAUUACUCCACCUGUUCGUGGAUUACUCUGUAUAGAAGAUAAGAGAAGGAUGAUUGUGGUAUGUAACCCAAUCACAUGUGAAUCUGUGACUUUACCCAAAUUGGAAUCUAACAUGAUGUGGUCUAAGACCAUAUUGGGAUAUGAUCCGGUUGAGAAACAGUUCAAGGUGUUUAACACAGCUUGGUCGCCUCACCAUCCAUUGAACACUCAUGGUGAGCAUUAUGUUCUGACUUUAGGAACUGGUAAAAAAAUGGUUUGGCGAAUGAUCGAAUGCUCUAAACCGUUUCGUCCUGUUUUCGAUGGCGGGAUUUGCAUUGACGGUGUUUUGUAUUACGUCGCUAAGCUCAAUUGCUGUCCAGAAGAUGUUGUGAUUGUUUGUUUCGAUGUUAGGUUCGAGAAGUUUAGCUUUCUCAACAAACCUAAAGGGAUGAGACAGAUUCAAUACGGUUCGAGAUUGGUUAACUACAAGGGUCAAUUGGGUAUAGUUCAUUGUUCCAACUCUAGGAAAAUCAAUGGAGGUACUAAAAGUUUUGAUUUGUGGAUUCUUGAGGAUGUUAAAGAACAGAGAUGGACCAAGCAUGUCUAUGUAUUGCCUCUUGUGUGGAGGAUCAAGGUUGCUAAUACUAAGCUGCGUAUUCUUGGAAUGACUGGUACAUGUGAAAUUGUGUUGUGUCCAUGUGAGCUAUCUGACCCUUACUAUAUUGUCUAUUACAAUAUUGAGACUAACAGUGUUAAGAAAAUCGGAAUCCGGGGAUUGGGAUCGUUUGAGGCUAGUACAACAAUUGCUCACUUGUUCGUAAAUUAUGUGGAAGAUGUGAAGUUUAUAUAAGUGUGUAAAGAUUUUACAGGCUU